AUGACUCCCUCCACAGGUCCAGACAGGGUCCAGUACGUGAAAGAGUCCAUCAAAGCCAUUCCAGUCCUGCCAUCGAGCGAGGACGUGGCGAGGUUCGCUCCCCUGGAGGUGGAGCUGGGUAACGACGAGGCCUACGACGUGGAGGUUGUCUCCCUGUCCGACUCCAGGAUCCCCGCCCGACGCUACGACAUAGCGGACCUGGGGGAUCCCAACAUGUUCCAGGGCUGGGCGGACGUCCAGGGGUCGGGGGCGGCCAAUGACUACUGCAGGGUUGUCGGGAAGGGCAGGCGGGUCUUCCUGUCCUGUAACCUGGCCGGCAGCACGGGUCAAGGUCACCACUACGUCUCAAAGCUGGGGUUCGAUGCCGGUCACCCGGGGACGUGGUUCAUGAGGGACAUGGACGGUGAUGGACGGGACGAUUACUGCAGGUGCCUGGUUUCCAGAGGCAAGUCACGUGUUACAUGUAUGCGGGCGGGGGAGAAAGGUUUCUACGGAAGCAUCACUCAAGGGGGAAAUCAGCACACAUUCUCCCUCCCCGGGACAGACGGCUGCCACACCAAGCGGUUCAACCCCAUGUUCGGUGAGAUCUGGCUGCUUUAGUGCCCCGGGGGG